AUGCGGUGCAACACUUCGAUAAUAUUGGCGGCGGCCUGGGGCUUUAUUGCAGUAUGGGCCGAGUCCUAUGCGACCUUUUACAAGCCUACCUAUCACUCAACUUAUCGGACUGACUCGAUAUAUGGCGACGCGGAAGUAUUCAAGCUCGGGAGUAGUCAGGUAAUCGACUUUGAUACGCCAUGGUCCGAAUGGUCAAUGUAUCUUGUUCAGUACCUUCCAAACAGCGACCAAGACAUUUUUGGGUACACGACUAUAGUUGAGCAAACAAGUGGCGAAGUUCUGGCCAAAACUUUCAAUUGGACAGUACAACUAUACGAUAUAGACCUAGCGGCAUCGCCAAUCUUCUACAUCUAUCUUUACAACGAUGACCUGAAUGUUACAGACGAUGACUACAUGACUUCCAGCGCAUAUUUCAACAUUACAGAGGCGGAUACCGUGGUCACAACAGCGACUGGCACUGUCGCCGCUGCCACAGCCUCGGGAAGCCAUCCCGCGCAAACUGCCAUUCUCACACCUACUACGACGGCGACAUCAGACUCGAGCAGCACCACUAGCAGCAGCAAUAAUGCCAAUGGGAACAACAAUCAGAACCAGAAUUCUGGCGGCCUAUCCACUGGCGCUCAAGUCGGUAUCGGCCUGGGUGUGGGGAUUUCUGGACUGGCCGCAAUUGUGUGUGCUGCCGUCUUGUUCUUUUACAUUAGGAGAAACAACCGGCGGAACACUGAGGCGCAGCAGCAGCUCAUGACAGCCAGACCCACUGAACCACCGGUUUAUCACUCUGGGUACCCAUCUGGGUAUCAGUCCGGGUAUUCUUCUGGAUACCCUUCUCCCUAUCAGCCAAGUGAGAUGUUGCAUGACCAGCAGACAGCGUAUCAACAACAGCAGCAAAAGCAGGACCAACCCGAGAUGAGAGUUGCUUCUGAAUUGUAUGCACCGCCGCCAAGCGAAUCUGCUUUACCCAACUCUCCGCAUAGUCAGGUUGCUAGUUAUCGCUGA